UCAUGCCCAUAUCAUAAAAUUGGGAAACAGUACCGGGUUAGUGUUGCGUAAAUUUACGUAAAUAUAUAUAUAUAUAUAUAUCAAAUCCAAAGACUCAAUGAAAUAUGGUUGUUGGUAUAAUUUGGUUAGAUAUUUUGAGGCAUGCUUGAAUCAAAAUAAUGUCAAAUUUCUAUUAGAUCUUGUUAUUCAUUUUCCGUAUCUUACUAUUAUUUUUGUGUCGUACGUGCUGAAAAAAGAAAUUAGUGGUGCAUCAUCGGCUAUCAUGCGUGACAACUGACAACUAAUUGACAUGGCCAUAAGGGAUGUUGUGUCUCUCUGCAAACUCCGGCGGAUUGUGAUCACUUUCUUACUCGCUUUGUUUCCUUUUCCGGUGGAGGAUGAGUUUCGCUUCAGAUUGGAAAGAAUUUUGACUGCUAGGAACAGGAAAUCCCAGAAGAAAAUCCAUCCUUGUGAAUCAGGAUGUUUACUUUUAAAGUUCUCAGGCGAGGUUGCCCCAGUGGUAUUCACUGGAGAGUGUAUUUUUCCCAAAGGAACCAAAUUGGAAUUGGCUGAUGCUGUUACAGGACAAAAAGUGAGACAUGGGCCUCCAGCCUCAGCACAAGUUGAGAUAUUUCUGCUUAAUGGUGACGAAAGUUGGACAAUUAAAGAACUAAACAGUCAUAUUAUGAUGCAAAAAAGAGGUGGAAAAUCAGGGCGCUGCAAAAAUCCAUAUCUGAGGUUAGAAGGAGGCGUUGUUUCUGUUAACGAAAUUAAAUUCAAACACACUCCAAAGCAUAUGAAGAAGUUGAAGGUGGUAAGGCUAGGAGCAAGGAUUGUUGAUCAACCUGUAGAAAUUAAAGUGAUAGAGGCCGUGACUGCACCCUUUACUGUCAAGGAUAAACGUUUAAAAAGCAAGAAGCGCUACCCUCCAUCACCAACUGAUGAUGUAUGGAGACUAGAUCAGAUUUACAGAAGUGGUGCUUUCCAUGAUCGAUUGACUGAAAACGGUAUCAGAACAGUGGAGGAUUUUCUAAUUGAACUCCAAAACAAUUCUAAGAGGCUACGCCAUAUCCUUGGCGAAAGCAUGUCCCGUAAUUCAUGGAAUACUGUUACAAAUCAUGCAAAGACUUGUAAUCUUGAUGGAAGAAAAUACUUGUACUGUCAUCUGGAGACUGAACAAAACUUUUCAGUGGUGUUUAAUGCUGCUGGUCAGGUGAUAUCAUUGGACUCAGGGUGCGGUUUGCAUCAUUUCAACGUGCUCUCUGAAUCUCAGAAGGCAUAUGCACACAAGUUGGUGGAAAUUGCUUUUGCAAAUUGGGUAAAUGUCCGCAAAUUUGAUAACGAUGUUUUGCUCAUGGACCACUUAUCAUCGUCCAAAUUUUCCCCAUCAUCCUGUCACACCGUUGACGAUUUCCAGCAACCAGAUCAACGUCAAUUUACUUCAAUGUCAAAUUUUGUUCAGAGGACUGCUGAAAGUAACCGGUGCGUGAUCAGUGCUGAAUGUUCCACUUCUUAUGCAGUUGUUGGUCAGCAUGCAGAGUCAGAUUGGAUAUCUCUUGAUAUCCCUGUUCCCGGUCACCCAAUAACCCCCAACCAGAUCACAUCUGCAAAUUCAGAUUCAGCAUAUUGGGAGAAAAUCAUGCAGCUUCUUAGUUCUGAUGAACUUCAAUUUGAGGAUUUUCCAUUCAGAGAGCCUGACCAAGCCAACUAUUCUGCUGCUGAAACAAGUGCCACGCGGUUCCAUGAUGAGGCGAUGGAUCUAUCCCAAAACCAAUUGACACACUUGAUGAAUUCUGAAAAUGUUCAAUCUAUCAUCAUGGAAGAUGGCACAAAUGAUGAUCAAUGGCGCCAAUCGAAGAAAGUUUCAUUAGUUCCUGUGGCCUCAAUGUGCAAAGGCAAGUCCAAGAAGAGCUGGGCAAAGAUAUCAAGCAUAAUAAAAUGGUUCUUACUGAAGAGGUUUGUUAAAAAGGUUCGAAUUACCAAGAAGCGGAAAUUAAUUUCCUGAUAAUCCACACGCUAUGUAGCUGGUCUGUACAAAAAUGUUGCAGCAUCCGUGUCAGAUCCUCCAAAUGUGCACUACUUUUGGAGGAACCGACAAGCACCCUGUGGCAUGCUUACAUAAGCCAAGCAACAUUUAGCUUGAGACCACUGGCACAAUCCCAUUUAGCUCUGGUGGAGAUCGAUCAGCAGCCGUCCCAGUUUUAUACCGUGUGAUGCUAGGUGAAUGAAUAAUUCAUCAUUGUAAUAAGUGUUUUUUUGUGCGAUUGUUGUGAAUAACUUUUCAUGCUUCAACAUGAACUAUUUGACGAAUUUGAAUUGUUGGAACUUAUUAUCAAAAGUACUUUGGUACAGUUAAAACAUGCUUUGAAGUUAAGUGCUCCACUACAUU